CAUCGCUAUCAUGUUGAAGUCUGAAGUCAGUGUGGAGCGUGAGUGCCUUUGAUUUGCUUAUCACAGAUUGGCGUUGCUGUUGCUAACUUCUUUGUUUGCCUAUCACGAAAGUGAUAGCUACAGCCAAUAGAUCGAAUGACGGAGACAGACAAAAUUGUUAAAAGGAUUAUUGAAGGACUGAAGAUCAUAGGAAAUAGUAAAUUUGAUAAUAAAGCAGACCUUUUGAAGAUAUUGUCAAAUGCUGAAGAUCUUUUGUUUGCGGUUUACAAGGCAGGCGUAUUAAACACAGCUUAUACUUUGGAAGAAAAGAGAACAAUUGGCCCUUUGGUCCCAAUUGCCCUGCAAGCAUUAGGCUACAAAUUAUCUACCCUUGAAAACUCUUUUUCUUCACAUAGUAUAGAUGCAGUGAGAAUUCAGCGAUCUGGCCUCCAAUUCUUUAUCGAUACAUUCAAAGACUUUCCUUUAAGCACUGAAGACAAACCAGCUACUUUAGAGGAAACGCUCAAGGAAUUUGUAGAGCGUGAAGACUUAAACGGUCUAGACGACUGUCUCAGAACUGCAGAAUUCGAUUGUUAUUCUGACGACAGCGAGCGAAGUGCUAAUCUUCAAGCAGAAAUCUCCAAACUACCUUCAACUCACUGGUGGUUCAUUGAAUAAUUAUAGUAAAAUACUUUCUUAUUAAAAAUCAGAAGAGUCUUUCAGUUCUCUUACAAUAUGGUCAACUGGGAUGCUGAAGAUGUUAGAGAAUUCAAGAAGGAGGCACAGACUACGCAGCAAGAAUACUGCGAUCUCCUAGGUGACAGAGAAUGGGAUGUAAUUGAGGUAAACAGUCAGUCAAUAUUAAGGAGAAAAGUUGGUUUUGGUAUAUUCGGACCCCCUCCUUCAAUACCAACUCCAGAAAAUCGGGAGACAGGAUAUAGUAAAGAGCAAUUCGAUGUAUUAGAAAAAGUAUGUGAUCAAUUGGUUGAGACUUUGGACUUCUCUAACCGUAAUAUUCACUUUGCUUGCAUCUUCAUGGUUAUGAAAGUAUUCAACGAUCGUUACACUGUUCCAUUGUUUAAAGCUAAAGGAGAAGAUGAAUCUUCAUCCAAAUGUGUCUUUGUUGAUACAGGUGCUCGCAAAUACUCCAGUUGGGAUGAUUACUUACAAAAUAAUACUCUUCAAAAGUGCAUUUACUGCUACCCUACUAAUGGGCUGUAUGAGAACAAUAACUCUAAUGAAGUGUGUGUUUCCUUUGGUACGUCUCCUGCUUGUGACGUGACAAGUAGAGUAUUAAGUUUUCUUGACACAGUUUCGACUGUAGCCACAGUUUCUGCCACCAUUGUAGGAGUAGCAGCACUCUGUACAGUUCCUAUCGCUGGGCCAAUCAUGGCCGCAUCUGUAGCCGCUGGAGUGUCCACAGGUGCUUAUGGAGUAACCAGAAGUUCAUAUGUUCUGUACGAUCGUGCAACUCAUAGCCAAAGUAUUGGUCUGAGUGAUGCUGAAGCUAGAGGAUGUUGGUUAUCUAUUGUUGGAUCAAGUUUGGGAUUUGCGCAAGGCCGAAUGAUCGCUUCUAUGACAAACGCUGCAAGAGCUGGUGAAGUUAUGGGCAAAGCUGGCCGCAUUGCAUUCCUCAUAGUUCAAACAGGAAGUCUGACAGUUAAUGGAAUUGGCAUUGUGCAUGGUCUUGCGAUUCUGAUUGAUAAAAGUGAAAGAAAUGAGUUAACACCUUUAGAUGUGUUCCAAUUCAGCGCAUCAGUUCUAUUCUUCACCAAUUCAGCAAUAAACUGUAAAACUGCUAGCACUAUUAUCAAAGAAGUGCAACACGAUGUCAUUAACAGUCAUAGAGAAGGUCUCAGCAAAGAUGCAAAAAAGUUGUUCAACAAACAAACUGGGAAACUUCGUGGCCGUGAUGAAAUGUAUGGAAAUGCUAAGGUUGUGAAACAGCUGAAUCGUAUUGAAAACUCUCAAGAGCUUUAUGAAAUGAUGGUGAAAAAAGACGUCUCAACUCGCAAGGUCAAAUUGACUGAAAAAGGAUUUAAAGGACAGUUGGUAGUCAACAAGAACCUUAAAAUUCAUCCUCUCAAACUGCUGGAAAUCCCCGCUGAAUCACGGAAAGCUAUCUUUAACUCGACUAGAAACUAUUCCAAUGGGACACUAACCAAAGAUCAAUUUCACAAGGACAUGAAAGUGUAUUGCAGAAAGCAUCAAAUCGCCUUUGAAAGCAUGAGAAAAGAAACUACGCAAAAGCUUUGUCAGAUGUAUGGAAAAGAAAAUUUAAAUGAUAUUGUAGUGGGUGGGAAAAAGAUAUUUGCAAAUGCUACGCCCCAUGAAAUAGAUCGUUUGCGAGUUGUUCUUGAGAACACAGCGAAGAAUAACCAAGAGAUACUACAAAUGACAACAGAGUUUGCAGCAUCAAGUGGAUGUACCACAACAAAGGACUUUAUCAUAUAUACUGAGUAUUUUGUAGCAGACCUCAACGAGACUGUAAACUCCUACGAAGCGAGAUAUCAACAAGAUUUGACUGCAGCUAAAACUCAGCCUGAUUUCAAACAAUCAAAAUUUGAUGAAGACCGUGGCAUAGGGCAAGGUAUGAAAAGAAAAGAAUUUCACAGGCAGAAAGCUAUGAAUCAGUUCAAGACUGAAGAAGAUUAUGCUAGACUGAAAGAGCGUUACAACUCUUUGAAAUCCAAAGUCGCUCCAUUGAACCAAAAGUGCAAACCGGGUUUCUUCAGUGAUGAUGCUGCUACCUAUCACCAUUUGAAGCACAAGCAUUUCGGCACUAGUGGAAAUCUAACAGAGGAGCAGUACUUCGAAAUUGCUCAAGAGGUUGUUGGAAACCCGACGAACAAGAAAAAUUCAAUGUUGAGUCAAGACGGUAGCUGCGUGAUGAUUACAUACAUAGAGCCAGAAAGAGGAGUGAGAGCAAUAAAAAUUGAUAGAGAUGGAAAUUCUGGCAUUGCUACUGUCAUGUACGAUCCGAAGCUUCUUCCAAACAAAUGCUAGGAUGUCGGAGCCAGGCAAAAUUGUUAAAAGGAUUAUUGAAGGAUUAAAGAUCAUAGGAAAUAGUAAGUUUGAUAGUAAAGCAGAUCUUGUGAAAACAUCAUCAACUGCUGAAGAUCUUUUGUUUGCAUUUUACAAGGCGGGAGUAUUAAACAUAGCCUAUACAUUGGAAGAAAAAAGAACUAUAGGCCCCUUAGUUCAACCUGCCUUGCAAGGAUUGGGUUACAAGUUAUCUACCCUUCAAAGCUCGUUUUCUUCACAUAGCACAGAUGCAGUGAGAAUUCAGCGAUCUGGCCUCCAAUUCUUCAUUGAUACAUUCAAGGACUUUCCUGCAAGCACUGAUGACAAAUCAGCUACUUUAGAGGAAACACUCAAGGAAUUUGUAGAGCACGAAGACUUAGAUGGUUUAGACGACUGUCUCAGAACUGCAGAAUUCGAUUGUUAUUCUGACGACAGUGAGCGAAGUGCUACUCUUCAAGCAGAAAUUUCCAAAUUACCUUCAACUCACUGGUGGUUCUUUGAAUAAGUCUCUCAAUACAAUAAAAUAUUUUCUUAUUAAAAAUUAUAUGUCUUUUAGUCCUCUUACAAUAUGGUCAAAGAUUGAGGUGCUGAAGGUGUUCAACAGUUCCAGAAGGAGACCCAGAACUGUGAUCUUCUAGAUGAAGAGAAUGGGAUAUAAUUGAGAAAUGUAUAUGGACCAAUAUUAAGGAUAAAUUGGUUUUGUUUUA